AUGUCCAAGCGUGUGAACGGCGGAGGCAGCGUCAUGAUUUGGGCUGGUGUGUCAAAGUACGGCAACACUGAGGUAGUUUUCUGGAGGGAAGACAAAAUGCUGCUAAGUACACGGAAACACUGCGCGGAAACAUGCUACUUUACCUGGACAUCUUCGGACAAACAACGUUAUAACAAUGGAGUGGCCGUCAAGAGCCCCGAUUUCAACAUCACCGAGAAUGACCACGAUUGGAUCGUUGUGAACAGUGCGUUGUACAGCGUGAAAAAGAUGCUAAAGUACAUUAGUAACCCACUGUAUAUCGUCUUCACCGCCAAGAAGAAAUUCGACAUCGACAAUGCCACGUUCUUCAUGAACGAGAACAAGAUGAGCUGCUGGCGGGUCGGUUGUUACGCAAAUGGGCGUCAAUUUGAAAGUCGUGUCGAAUUAAAGGCUUGGAUAAAGGCUGAGUGGGCAGGUAUUGAGCCCAACUACACCAAGAAGCUCGUGAGAGUAUGCCAAAGCGUUUGCACCUGGCAAUGGCUCUAA